AGAGAGCCAAGAAGACUACAACUCCCAGCACGCUUUAGGCUGGAGAGACUGAUGACAGACAGCGCUCCGGAGACGGAAGGGCGGAGCGAGGAUGGCAGGAAAGAACGGACGUGUCCUUCUGUAACAGGAACCGCCGCCGUCGCAGCCAUGGAGCUUGAAACAAUGAGCAGAUACACCAGUCCGGUGAAUCCGGCAGUGUUUCCACAUCUCACUGUGGUACUCCUGGCCAUUGGCAUGUUCUUCACAGCUUGGUUCUUUGUUUAUGAAGUGACAUCCACAAAGUAUACCCGGGACAUUUACAAAGAAUUACUCAUCUCUCUAGUAGCAUCACUCUUCAUGGGCUUUGGAGUUCUCUUCUUAUUGCUGUGGGUCGGAAUCUAUGUGUGACAGUGGUUAGGAUUAUUUCAGGGUACAGCCUCCAAAGCCUAUGAACUGAUGGAAGCUGCAUUAACAGAUAAGAAUACGAGAGAAACUCUGCAGCAGUUAACUGGAGACUCGAUGCAAGAUUCCUUUUAGUGUAUAAGAAUUAAAAUGCAUCUAAUUGUUGAGUCAUUUAAUAAGUGCAGAAAUGAAGAAAUAUGUUUUCCUUUUGCACUCAGUUGCAAAUGUUUAAACAUUGGGCUUAUUUUAAAAAAAGCAAUGAAAGUAUCCUUGAUUGUACCCUAUAUCCCUAAUAUGUAAGACUAAACAUACUAAAAUAUUAAACUCCACAAACAAUAUCCCAAAGUAAAUAAUCAAAGACCUGAUUAAUGUAGUUUAUUGAUUCUAUAUUAAUCCUCCCCAAUAAACUACAAAAUAGCUCCAUUAAUAAAAAAGGAUGUGAAGUACUUCCACAACAGAUAGAUUUCAGUAUCUUCAUCAGAUAUAUUAGAUUCUAUAGGUUAAAAUUAGUUAAUGUGUUAAGUGUGCUAUUUAUUUAAAACAGAAUGUUAAACUUUGCAAGUAUCUUAGGUAACUGAAAAUAAAGCUGUUUCUUUAAGUGCUGGUAUAAUCAGUUCUUCAUUGCUUUAAUCUGUAAGUGGAUAUUAAAAUCAAAGAUGUUAAAAUCAAAAUUACCAACUUAUUUAUUACUGUUAUGUGGUAAUUCCAUUGCUUCCAAUAAUAGCUACAUUGCUCCUGGUGACAUACCCUACCGAAAUAAAUAAGGCUCAGUCCCAAUGACAAUUAUUACCAAUAAUUCAAAAUUUAAAUGAAUUAAAUAUGAGAUCUUCCUGAUUAAUCUGACAAAGUUUCUCAUUUUUAAUAAAAGUGCAUAUAAAAACUGCAGAUAGGAACAUUAAUCUAAAACAUGAUUAUCUUUUAAUACCUCCAAAUAUUUCUUGUGGCAUAUUAUGUGUAAUAUCUAAACCAAAUUGUUUUUUUCUUGAUCUGCAUCCUUAAUUGCACUGUGUGUAACAAUUCAGUUUACUGAAGUGGACGAAUAAGUGAUGAGCCAAUCUUGGAUACAAAGUAGUAUACUUGGGUAUUUAUUUAUAAAGGUACAUUUUUUAAGAAUUAGGCUCUAGAUAAGCAAACAAAAGUAGAGGAAUCCUCCAAAACAAGAACAAAAUAUAAAUACAAAUUGGAAAAGCAGGUGGUAGACAAAAAAGCAACCUCACUUAUUCUCCACCAAACUAAAAUAACGAAACAUUAACAUAGUAACUCACUAAGUAUAUGACUUUGAAAUUGUAGACAAUAUACAAUGAUUAAAGCUGUGGUAGCAACUUUUAAACAAAACAAAUUAGUGCUUUAUAUUCCUUAAGGCUCACAGUGAUGGCAUAAAAUAUUUAUAUACAGGCUUUAAGCUUUAACAAUAAUGAAAGUACAAAAAGUGUAUGGAUUUUCCUUUUGAGAAAUCAUUCCUAACCUUCAGAGUAGCCAAGCUUUAAAAGCUGGCUCCAUGUUCACCCUCCUUUUUCUUCCGGUUCCUCCAAAUGUCUAAAGAGGCAUAGUUAGAAUUUCAGCUCUUAGAAAGGUGAGCUACCAACUAAGCAGGAAGCACCAUCUCUUAACCUAUCUCUAUCAGACAGAGGAACAGAUAACAGUUGUUAAUCACGAUUUUGUUUUUGAGAGGUCUGUAAUUAAUGCAAAUGGGAAGGAAUGUUCUGAAACAAGAUGAGUAUAGAUUGUAUGGUCAAAAGGUCCAGUGUAUGUGAUUAUGCUAAUAACUGAGGCAUUGGUGGUUAUUAAUUUGCUUUGAUUUUUUGGCUAACUUUCUCCCACACUUGAUACCUUGAAGCAUUUUGAGACAAAAGAGAUAUUACAGAUGCAAUGUUAUAGCAUUUUAAAACAAUAAAACGUGUAAUAUAAAGAGCAAUACUUGUUAUAAAAGAUUAUGCAUACCGGAGACAACUUUAAUGUGAAUUUGCCAAUAAAAAUAUUAUAUAUGUAUGUAUGUAUGUAUGCAUGCAUGCUUCUAUGUAUGUACACACACACAUACAUAUAUACAUGCAUACUUUAAACAAAGAUACCUUCUCUCCAAUUCCAUUGGAUCUCCUGGGAGAAGAAAAAGUGAUUGGUUAUUUUAUUUCAGAUGCUAUUUUGUCUUUGCUGCCUCACCCUGAUCAGGAUAGAUAACAAACAGUGGUGGAUUAGCUAUUUAUAUCAAUACUGAGGAGUAGGCAAAGGGAUAGUCAGGAAAAUGUGAAUGUCCUCAUCAGAUUGUUUUUAAAUGAAUAGCUCUUAACUAUAGGUUUAAAGAUUUCUUACUGCUUGCAAUAAGGGAGUAUUUUGGCACCUGGCUGCUGAGAAGAGCCAUACUAGAGCUAAGAUGCAAUCAAAAGAAACAACAGACUCUUCCAUUUCUAUGAGUUACUACUUGCAUUACUUUAACUAGGUGGGCUCCAUUGCAGGACUUCUACCCAUCUGACUGGGAUAACAUUGGAAGAUCCCACUACGUGGGAAGCUGAAAGAAAGAGGUUAACCCUGACAUGGAAAAAGUGUCAGGACUGAGGCAAGCCUCUAGAAUGGCAGCAUUUCUUACACUGCCUUCAAAAGCCUAGUCAUAACAGUCCAGUAGGAUUCUGAGGGGAGUAAAUGUGCAUCUUGACUUGCAUUUCAUUACUAGAAAAUAGGAAGCUGGAGGGGUGCUGGCUACUUGCAUGAUUAGGUCUUUAUGUGAAAUAGGUUCUAGAAAGGCAAAAUAUGCUUUGAAGCAGAUCUGAAUAACUACCAAUCGUAUUUAUCAAUGAUAAGCAAGAAUUAAAUUCUAGCAAAGGCUGAAUAUAAAUAAAUAAGAAUGGACAAAGUCAUGAAUAGUUCCAAAAAAAUGGAUGGAAUUACAUGGAAAGCAUUAUUGUCUAUGAGUGAUGCCCCCCCAUGCUAUAUUCAUUUAUCAUGGCAUUAAAAAAAGCCAGUGGAUAUCUCAAACAGUAUUUUGCUUUGAUAUGGCAAGCCUAGAUUCCACGAGGAAAUGUCCUCUUCCAAUUUUUUUAUAGGUUGCACUUGAGGGAGAUUAAAGCUAAGGAAAUUAACUGCAAUAAAAUAUUCACCAGUUGCGGAUGGACAAAACCUCCUCACACCUUUUUAAGCAUUUUGUUUCAUCUCAUACUGGUCUCUGAUAAAUGCUUACAUGAUUAAAUGGACUGCGUCCCAAGAAUAACCAUAAAAGAAAGAUUUUAUAUGGCCUAUGGUUUCAUCAUUUACUCUUUUUGUUAUUCUGAGCACAAGUGUGUGUACAGAGGAAAAAAAGAGAGUCCAAAAAAAUCACAUUAAAAUGUACAACAUUUUCCUCUCCUUUACGUUGGCUCUGUUACAAUUAUGUCCAAAAUAAGGCACUGAGAAGGAAGAGGAGGAGAAAAAAAGAAGGUAGAAGGAAAGAGGA